AUGCAACAAUAUCAAGGCUCCGUAUUCCUUUACAAUCAAAUGAUAAUCUUAUCCCCCAAAUACCUCAAAUUAGGGCAACAGGAGAUGCAACAGUAUCAAGGCUCCCUGUUCCUUUACAAUGUAUUUUAAAAUUUUCAUUAAACUUUAUUUUUUUAGCAAAUGAUAAUCUUAUCCCCCAAAUACCUCAAAUUAGAGUCAUCCAAUUUCCUCAAAUAAGGGCAACAAGAGAUGCAACAGUAUCAAGGCUCCCUGUUCCUUUACAAUCAAAUGAUAAUCUUAUCCCCCAAAUACCUCAAAUUAGAGUCAUCCAAUUUCCUCAAAUAAGGGCAACAAGAGAUGCAACAGUACCAAGGCUUCCUGUUCCUUUACAAUCAAAUGAUAAUCUUAUCCCCCAAAUACCUCAAAUUAGAGUCAUCCAAUUUCCUCAAAUAAGGGCAACAAGAGAUGCAACAGUACCAAGGCUUCCUGUUCCUUUACAAUCAAAUGAUAAUCUUAUCCCCCAAAUACCUCAAAUUAGAGUCCUCCAAUUUCCUCAAAUUAGGGCAACAGGAGAUGCAACAGUAUCAAGGCUCCCUGUUCCUUUACAAUCAAAUGAUAAUCUUAUCCCCCAAAUACCUCAAAUUAGAGUCCUCCAAUUUCCUCAAAUUAGGGCUACAGGAGAUGCAACAGUAUCAAGGCUCCCUGUUCCUUUACAAUCAAAUGAUAAUCUUAUCCCCCAAAUACCUCAAAUUAGGGCAACAGGAGAUGCAACAGUAUCAAGGCUCCCUGUUCCUUUACAAUCAAAUAAUAAUCUUAUCCCCCAAAUACCUCAAAUUAGGACAACAGGAGAUGCUACAGUAACACAUUUACAAUUGCAUUCUUCUUCAAGCCCACCAUUAAAUUUAUUGCCUAAUGUAGAUGCUGAUUUUGAAAUAAUAGAUGCGGCAUAUGCUAUGCUUGACAUAAAUCAAAACAUUUAUGGUCAAUUUGUUAAUGGUCAAAAGGGAAAACCAUUCCUCUUUUAUCGAGAAUAUCUCUAUCGUUUUCACUAUGAAAGGGGGGAUGUAGUUCAGUACCGUUGCAGAAAACAAGGCUGUCCUGCAAAAUGUAAAUAUGAC